AUGGCGUCUCCAAGAUUCAUUAUCAACAUUUCCUGCUAUCUAGUUCGACUCAGUUCAAAACUUACUAUGGCUUGUCUACGAUCACAAACUCCUCCUGAAAUUCAAGAGAGAAACAAUUUAUUCUCCUCAGACUGGUUAUUGGAGUUCAGACAUCAGGAAAGAAGGCGCCAUCUUUGUUCCUCUUGUCAUCGAGGGUUUACUGAUCCAAGCAACCUACAGCGACACGUUCGUUCACAGCAUUUAGGCAACAGAAAUCACGCUUGUAGCCAGUGUGGGAAGGCAUUUGCAACUUCAAGUGGACUGAAACAGCACACGCACAUCCACAGUAGCAUCAAACCGUUCAGGUGCGAUGUCUGCUUCAAAUCUUAUACCCAGUUCUCAAACCUCUGUCGUCAUAAGCGUAUGCAUUCUUCUUGUCGAUUCCAAGGUAGUUGUGACCACUGUUCGCUGAAUUCCAACAUUCAAUCGUUCUUCCGAAAUCAUUCUUUCAGUAGAACCCACUUACCGCUAUUUAGAAUUCGGUCCAGACAAAGACACAUUGAAAAAUCUGACGAAAGAAAGACAACCACAACUUUUCUAACGAAAAAGAACGACGCAGUAUACCGUAGGUCUAGAAGACUAAAAUUCAGAAACAGCACCCAUAGUAAGCUUAACAUUGAUCGAGCAGAAUCGGAUUGCCAAAGAAAACUUUCCAAAACAGGUGAACAACCGGUAACACAAACGAUGUUCAGCUACCAAGGUCAAACUUCACCGAAAGUGGCGAAUGUUUGUCCAGAAUCUUUAUUGAUGAGCGAUUUGUAUUCACACCACAGAUUUUCGGACAGUAGUUGCUUCAUGGGGUCAGAAUACUCUAGGCAAUGGAAAUCUCCAAGCGCAGAACUGUACAAAUCUUAUUUACAUCCAUUUCAUUCACUUAUAGAUUUGCAGAAGCAAAGAGAUGAGCCAUUAGACUUGAGAGUGAGUCGCAAAAAGAAAACCUCUAGUGAUACAGAUGAAAACAACAACGGUGAUUGGAAACUGCUCGGAGAUCCCAGCAAUAUUCAUGACAUUAUUCUGGAAAGCGGGUGUAAUUUUCCGUCACCGUGGGCAAGAACUAUGCAGCCAUUUUUCUUUGACCCACUCUAUCGCGGUCAUCAAGAAAACCUAGCCGUGAAUUUCUUUCCUAGUCCACCUGAUUUAAAUCAUUUCCCCUUUUCACAAAAUGUAAUGACUACCCCAACAAUUGAAAACCCAAUCAUGGGUGCAACGAAACCCCAAGUUCAAAACUCAUCUGUUGAUUACGCUAAACACAAGAAGAACAAAGAAAAAUACUCCUGCAAGUUUUGUGGGAAAGUAUUUCCACGAUCUGCGAAUCUUACAAGACAUUUGCGUACACAUACCGGAGAGCAACCGUACAAAUGCAAGUACUGUGACCGAUCAUUCAGUAUUUCUUCCAACCUCCAAAGACACGUUCGUAAUAUACACAAUAAAGAAAAACCUUUUAAAUGCUCGUUGUGCGAUCGAUGCUUCGGGCAGCAGACAAAUUUAGAUAGGCAUAUCAAGAAACACGAAUCUGACUUGGCGGGUUUAGACAAAACUGUACCAACUACUCAAAACAAAAACAGAUUUCAGGAUACGGAUAAGUCUUCAAAAAUAGCUAUUAACCUAAACGUAAAAAGUGAAUUCAGAACGAAUGAAGGUGACCCCGAAGAAUUUCUUCGAAGAAAGUUCGAAAGGAGUACUUUCAAUCCAUGGUCGUACGAAAGAUUCGCGGAAGAUAAAUUAAGAGAGGUUUUGUGCAGUAAAGAGUUAGAAGCAAAUAGCAGGGUGAGGAACAAUGAUAUUGAACUGAAAAACGGCAUCAUGCGAAAUUCCGCAUCACAAAGGGCUUUCAAGAUUCCUGAAAAUAAAACUAAUGUGGAAAUAAGAGCAAGCGCUGAUAGCGAAAAGAUCUACAAAGAAAAAAGAGAUUUUCGUAUAAAGAGUAUUUCAAAAUGAUAAAUAUUAGAAUGAUAAUUGAAGUACUUCACAGAAGAACUAAAUUUUGUGGCAUAGAUCAUUAAUUUAUUCUGUGCUCAAACUUUAAUAGAAGAACUUGAGGCAAUAUAAUGAUAAUCCAAUAAGAUGAAGAUGUUUCUGUGCAUUGUGUAAUUGCUAUUCCGCAAACUUGUAAAGCACUUACCUGGAAACGACGGGGAAAAAAAUUUUGAAGUUAAAAUGUUCCCUCUGGAAAAAAGUGUGGCUUAUCAUUAUAUUGCCUCAAAUCAGUAAAAAAAAAAAUUGCUUGUUUCAUAAUUAUUUUGUUGGUGUUUUUAUACAUUCUAAAAUUGAUUUUUCUCAAUAUCAGUAAUGAGCCCUUCCAUAAUAGAAACAAUUGCAAAGGUUUUUCGGAGGAGGUUUAAGUUACGUUGGUGUAAGGUACAUUAUUUUUGUUCUGCAGAUAUAAUGGCAAAACCUAAAUGGUGCGAACAAAAUCGGCAAUAGAGACGCUCUGCUUACAUUUUAUAGGCAAUGCCUGGCUCCAAAUAAACAUAAAGAAACCAUCCAUUAAAUUGCACCAAUCUUUUUUAGAAAAAACAAAAA